GCUAAUGGCUUCCUUCCUUUUCUUUUCCCUUUUCGGUAUUGCUCCGCGUCAACAACCCACUUCUGAAUUACUCCAACCAGGACCAGUGGAUUGGAUUGGAUCACAACAACUUAUGCUCCAUUCUCCUCCCUCUCACAAAACCAAAUCAAACCAAUCAUCCAUCCAUCCUUGUUUUUUUCAUCAUCAUGCCAAAACCUAACAGCUUUUUCCUUCAUCUCUUCAUCAUUUUCAUCCUUACAAAUCCACAUCUUAACAAUCUUAUUACUACACCAGCAGCAGCUACCUCUUUUUGUAACCCACGUGACUCCACUUCUCUCUUGCCCUUUGCUACCAACUUCCCACAACUCAAUUGGUCUCUUGCCCGCGACUGCUGCUCAUGGGACGGAGUCUCUUGCGAUCAUCGGGGUGUCAUUCACCUCUCACUACCCGCUAGAGCCCUUCAUGGUCCCAUCCCUUCUUCUCUUGUUAAUCUAACUAAUCUCUCUCUCCUCAACCUCUCUUGUAAUUUCCUAUUUGGUCCUCUCCCUCAUGGACUUUUCUUAUCCUUAAACAGCCUUCAAGUCAUAGACCUCAGCUACAAUAGGCUAACCGGACAAUUACCCCACACCCUGCCUCAUACCCUCCAAACGCUCGAUUUAUCUAGCAAUCAUUUCAAUGGCACAAUUCAUACUGCCAUCCCCCAUAAUCUUACCACUCUUAACAUUAGCAACAACAGCUUCACUGGCACCAUUCCUGCAUCCAUAUGCAAUAACUCUUUACUUCUUCUUCUUGAUCUCUCUCUAAAUGAUUUAACUGGAGAUAUACCCCAAGGCUUGGGUGCCUGCUCCACCCUCCUGGUUUUGAGUUUGGGUUUUAACAACCUUGUUGGACGCAUUCCGCCUGAUGUUUAUGGUAUUGGCUCACUACGCGAGUUAUCCUUACCUGGAAAUAGUCUUAUAGGACCAAUUGAUGAAACCAUUACUAACCUAACAUACCUCACCAACCUUGUCUUGUUUGCCAAUUCAUUUUCCGGUUUCAUGCCUCGUGGUAUUGGAAAAUUGUCCUUCUUGGAGAAACUGGAACUUCACAUUAACAACCUCACAGGAACCCUGCCUCCAUCCUUGACCAAUUGCACAAACCUGCAACUAGUGAAUUUGAGGGUUAACUCUUUAGUUGGCAAGCUCUCUGAUUUUGAUUUCUCCAAUUUCACCAAACUCCUCACAAUUGACCUGGGCAACAACCAUUUCUCAGGUGUGCUGCCUCCAACCCUUUUCUCUUGCAAAUCACUCACUGCAAUUCGACUGGCCACCAAUAACCUUCAAGGGGAACUCUUGCCUCACGUUCUUCAACUGCAAUAUUUGUCCUUCCUCUCGAUUUCGAAUAAUACCCUCACAAACAUCACCAAAGCAUUCAAUAUAUUGAGCAGCCAUAACACUCUCACCACUUUGAUCCUCUCCAAGAACUUCUUCAACGAAAAACUGCCCGACCGAGGAAUUGUUGGAUUCAGUGACCUUAAGAUUUUAGGGCUAGGGGGUUGCAAAUUAUUCGGUCAGAUCCCCACCUGGCUGGGUACACUGAAAAUGCUGGAGGUCAUCGACCUAUCCCAGAAUUCUAUCAGUGGCACAAUUCCAGGUUGGUUAGGGACACUUCCAAACCUUUUUUAUCUAGACUUGUCUCAGAACUCUCUUUCGGGAGGUUUCCCUGUACAACUUACUAGACUUGUAGCACUAAGAUCACAGGAAGAACUGGAUCACGUAAACACUAGUUAUCUGGAAUUGCCAGUAUUUGUUCAGCCAGAAAAUGCUUCCCGCUUGCAGUACAAUCAGCUGGACAACCUUCCGCCAGCUUUUUACCUAUCAGGCAACGACCUUAGUGGCAACAUCCCCCUUGAGAUUGGUCAUUUGCAGUCGAUUCACGUCCUAGAUCUCAGCAAAAACAAGUUUUCUGGCAGCAUUCCCGAUGAGAUAUCCAAUCUCACAAACUUGGAAAGGCUGGACCUCUCUUGUAACUUUCUUACAGGUGAGAUCCCCGUGUCGCUAAAAAAUUUACACUUCUUGUCUUCUUUCAGUGUUGCAAACAACAAUCUUCAAGGUUCCAUACCGAUUGGAGGCCAGUUGGACACCUUCUUGAGUAUCAGUUAUGAAGGAAAUCAAGGGUUAUGUGGCCCACCUAUGCACCGUUCUUGUGACAACCAAUCAUCUCAUACAGGUCCUUCGGGACAUAAGAAAGGCCCAAACAAGAAAGCCAUCAUCUGUCUCAUCCUUGGGUUCUGUUCUGGAGUUGGCGUCAUUCUGGCUUGCCUAGCACUCUGGAUAUUGUCCAAGAGGAGGAUUCUCCCUAGAGGGGAUGCUGAUAAAUCCAUAUCCUUAAAUUCUACAUCAGCUGCAGAGGUUCCCAGUGGAGUCGUACUGUUCCCAAACCAAGCAAAAGAUAUCAAGGAUCUCACAGUAUCUGCAAUCUUGAAAGCAACCGAGGAUUUCAGUGAAGCAAAUAUCAUUGGUUGUGGGGGUUUUGGUUUGGUUUACAGAGCAACUUUGGCAAAUGGAAUCAAGGUGGCUGUCAAGAAACUUUCAGGAGAUAUGGGCCUCAUGGAGAGGGAAUUUAAAGCAGAAGUGGAGGCACUAUCCACAGCCCAACACAAGAAUCUGGUUUCUUUACAAGGUUACUGUGUGCAUGAUGGAUUUCGUUUGCUGAUAUAUUCAUACAUGGAAAAUGGAAGCCUUGACUACUGGUUGCAUGAGAAGACUGAUGGACCAUCCAAGCUGGAUUGGCCAACUAGACUGAAGAUCACACAGGGAGCAAGUUGCGGACUGUCUUACAUGCACCAGAUAUGUGAACCUCAUAUCGUGCAUCGUGACAUAAAAUCCAGCAACAUCCUUCUGGAUGCCCAAUUUGAAGCCUAUGUAGGAGAUUUUGGAUUGGCCCGAUUGCUUCAACCAUAUAAUACACACGUCACCACUGAAUUGGUUGGCACCCUGGGCUAUAUUCCACCAGAGUACAGCCAGUCAUGGGUAGCCACUUUGAGAGGGGAUAUAUAUAGCUUUGGGGUUGUCAUGCUUGAGCUUCUUACUGGAAAGAGGCCCAUGGAAGUAGUCUUGGUGAGGCCAAGAAUGUCUGGAGAAUUGGUGGUGUGGGUGCAACAGCUGAUGAGAGAAGGGAAACAGGUUGAAGUAUUUGAUCCUCUCUUGAGAGGCAAGGGGUUUGAACAAGAGAUGCUGCAGGUUCUAGGACUUGCCUGCAUGUGUGUGAACGUGAAUCCUGUCAAGAGGCCAACCAUUAGUGAAGUGGUCGAUUGGCUCCACAAUAUCAGUUCCAAGGGUCAGAUGGCAACAUAAGUAAGAAGAAACAAGGUUUAAUUUACAUGAUGGAAAAUUUUAAUUGCCAAUGCAUGUGUAAUUAGUCAUCAAUCUCCAUUUUUGUUAUAUAAAUUUGUUUUCCUGGAUUUCUUUUUGUUUUACCAUGACAUGGUGCAGUAGUGUAAAUGUAUAAAGGGGCACAUUGAAUUCUAAACUUUUUCAAGUUGCAACUAGUGAAUAAAGACAGCUUUUCAAA